AUGUACAUUUGCUUGUUUACAUGCUUGUCCACCAGAGCAGUACAUCUUGAAUUAGUGGAGAGCCUAGAUGUUGAUACGUUUUUUAAGGCAUUCAGACGUUUUAGUGCCAGGAGAGGCUUGCCUAGAAGGAUACUAUCUGACAAUGCUAAGACAUUUCAAGCAGCCUCGAAGGAAGUUAAGAAAAUUCUUCUUUCUAAGGUUGUACGAGCUCAGCUUGCAGGGAAGGGCGUUGUUUGGCAGUUUAUCGCCCAAAGAGCCGCGUUCUGGGGAGGUGUAUGGGAAAGGAUGGUGAGGUCCGUCAAGCGUUGUCUUAGGAAAAUAAUAGGCAGAGCCUCACUUACAUUCGACGAAAUUAGUACUAAUUUGGUAGAGGUUGAAUCGGUAAUCAACUCAAGGCCUAUCACAUAUGUGUACGACGAUACCGAUGGUAUAUCAUAUGCGUUAACUCCGUCACACCUUAUUUAUGGUCGACGUAUUUUAGAUGAUCCUAAUGACAGUUUGUUCGAAAUUGUAAGUACACAAGAAUCUUUAACUCGGAGAGCAAAAUAUCACCGAAAAAUACUUAAUGAUUUUUCAAGGCGUUGGAAGGAGGAAUAUUUGUCGAGUUUGCGUGAAAUCGUUAGUUCUAAGAAGUUAGACGUAAAGCCACAAGUCUCUGUAGGUGAUAUUGUUGUCUUAUAUGAUGAGCAGUCGAAGCGUAAUUUUUGGAAAAUCUGUAAGGUAGAAGACCUCAUAAUCGGUAAUGAUAAGAAUGUCCGUGCUGCCAAGGUCAAGGUCCCAAAUAGGAAGGGUACAUCUAUUUUAACCAGGUCGUUAAAACAUCUUAUCCCGCUAGAAGUUCAACUUAGUGAAUGUAGUUCAGAAAAUAAAACUGAUCGUACUAGGUUAGAAACUGUACCAGACAAAGACCAAGCAGAGAUUAGUGUAUCUAGUAGAAAGGCAAAAAGAAACGCUGCUAUAAUCGGAGAAAUUAGAAGAAGAGACGAUUGUUAUUAA